AUGAGCAGCCUGGUGGCUGACUCGCUGACUCGCCGACAUGUGAUAUUUAGGCAGUAUUUAGAUCACCCUUUAGAUGGAAUAGAGAUCAAUGCUUCGUUUUGGGCAGCUCUAUCGCAGAUUAUCAAUGGACUGAGACCACGUCCUUUGGCCAUUCUGGCCCUGCCUUCGUUUAGUUUGAUGAAUGCCUGCUGCGAGAACGAUCAGGGCAUCCAAGUGGAUGACUUUAUACAGCGCCUCCAUCGACUGUACUACAAAUCGGUGAUAUUCAACGACACGGAACUGUUUUUCCAGCACAUCGAAGCAAAUCUUCAGGGCGCCAUCGAGUGCGUGAAUCUGGUUCUGGACGAACCCAAGGAGCUAUCGGAGCGGAUACAGGAGCGUCAUCUGGCCCAUCGGCUCAGCCUGUUUAUCUUCUACUGGGGCGCCCGCUGGCCACCCACAGCCAGUGCCCUGAGUUUCGAAGAGCCCAUGCGGGCGGUGGUCAUAACAAGACCACGCCAAAAGGCCUUCAGGAUCUACUACAACCAGGCGAGGCCCACAAGCGAUGGGGAAUUGCGGCUCGUGAACUGGUUCGAUGGAGAUAAUCUGGGGUUGCAGAGAACCCCCUUGCUGCCACCUGCAGGAUCGGUUUAUGCCAACUUUGAGGGUAGAAUCUUUCGUGUUCCGGUUUUUCAUUCCCCUCCUUGGUUUUGGGUCAGUUAUGGCCAGAACAACAGCGACUCGAGCGAGGGAGAGGGCUCUGGCGAGGCAUCGGGAGAGGCUUCUGGGGAAUCGGGAGACAAUCUCGAGUGCAAUGAAGUCAAAGUCACGGGAGGACGAGAUCAUCGCCUGCUUAUGCUGCUGGCAGAGCACAUGAACUUUCGUUUCGAGUAUAUUGAAGCCCCAGGACGCACGCAAGGAUCACUAAAGUCGGAUGAUGCCAAAGAGUCGAAUGAGAGCUUUACAGGCGGCAUAGGACUGUUGCAGAGCAGAAUGGCAGAUUUCUUUCUGGGCGAUGUGGGCCUGAGCUGGGAGCGCCACAAAGCCACAGAGUUCUCGUUCUUUACCCUCGCGGACUCGGGGGCCUUUGCCACCCAUGCCCCGCGGCGCCUAAACGAAGCCCUGGCCAUUAUGCGACCCUUCAAGCAGGACAUUUGGCCGUAUCUUAUACUCACGAUUGUUUUUUCGGGACCAAUUUUCUAUGGGAUCAUAGCCAUGCCCUAUAUCUGGCGACGGCGGCACGUCAACAUGGAUGUGGAGCAGUUGGGAGAUCUGUGCAUCUACAUGGCGUACAUAAAGGAGAUUACACCAUGUGUGUUGAAGGUCAAGCGAAGGAGGGUUCCUUCGGCGCCCAGGAUGCCCGAGCAGCUGUUUGAGAAGUGCAUCUGGUUCACCCUUCGAUUGUUCCUGAAGCAGUCCUGCCAAGAGCUCUAUCAUGGCUAUCGGGCCAAGUUCUUGACCAUCGUUUAUUGGAUAGCCGCCACCUAUGUCCUGGCCGAUGUGUAUUCCGCCCAAUUGACCUCCCAGUUUGCCCGGCCGGCCCAUGAGGCGCCGAUCAAUACGCUUCAGCGCCUUCAAUCCGCCAUGAUCCGUGACGGCUAUCGUUUGUAUGUGGAGAAGGAGAGCAGCUCCCUGGAGAUGUUGGAGAAUGGCACAGAGCUGUUUCGGCAGUUGUACGCCCUGAUGCGACAGCAGCAGCCGGAUGGCCAUCAGAGCUUCCUUAUUGAUUCCGUGGAGGCGGGUAUAAAGCUCAUAGCCGAUGGCGGAGAGAACAAGGCAGUGCUUGGGGGCAGAGAAACGCUCUAUUUCAAUAUACAGCAAUAUGGGGCCAAGAACUUUCAAUUGAGUCAGAAAUUGUACACGAGAUACUCUGCAGUGGCUGUGCAGAUUGGUUGUCCCUUUCUGGAUAGCUUGAAUGAUGUCCUCAUCCAUUUGUUUGAGGGUGGAAUCCUGGACAAAAUGACCACCGCAGAGUACACGGCUCAGUCCCGUCAGAUGACCAAAGAUCAGGCCCAACAAUCUAAAGAACUAGCUGCCGCAGAGAGUGCCAAUGCCAACUCGAAUGCAAAGAGCAGCGAGGCCCAGACCCAGGAGCCCAAUCAGGACAGCGAAAUCAUCAGUGCCCUCAAUCUAAGGAUGCUACAAGGCGCAUUCAUAGCCCUAGGUGUGGGUUCCUUAGCGGCGGGUAGGACUACCAACAGAUUUCAAGCGAAUUUUGAGUGA